AAUAUUAUGCUUCAGUUGCAAAUAAAUUUCCGUCGUUCAGCACAACAUAGGGUUCCCCAUGAGGUUGUUCAGCACAACCGACUUGCCAGCUUCCUGCACAGAAAAGGAGCAGAAAAGAUUAAGCCAGAUCGGAAAGAGAUGGAGGUGAGAGGGAUCAAGCACGCAUGGUGGACGGUAGGCACUUACGAUGUUACCGAGCGCGGCGGCAUUGAGAAAGAGAAAGGUGGAGGGGCGGCGUGAGGUGUUUUCGAUGGAGGGGUCAUCGUCCGCAAGGAGCGAGGCGGCCUACCACAUGGACUCGGAGAGCUGGACGAGCUCGUCGAUUGCCUCCAUGGCUGCCGAAGAUGACAUGUCCGCAGGGAUCUCGAGGCUGGUCGGAAGAUCUCGGGGUGGCGCUGGAGAUUGGUGAGGUGCGCGGUUCGAGUGCGGAGCACCGAGAAAUUGGGGACAGACUCAUGGAAUUCACGGGGACGCCCUGCUGCACCUCAACUCGAACAGCUUCGCGGGGACGCUCCCGGAGUCCCUCCCCAAGAUGCGGCUCCUCCACAAGCUGGACGUCAGCAACAACCGCCUCUCGGGUGGCUUCCCGCAGCACAUCCUGUGCCUGCCCAGCGUCAGGUAUGUGGACCUGCGGUUCAACGACCUGCGCGGGCCGGUGCCGCCGGCGCUCUUCGACAAGCCGUUGGAUGCCAUCUUCCUCAACGACAACCGCUUCGACUUCGAGCUGCCGGACAGCCUGGGCAACUCACCGGCGUCCGUGCUCGUGCUGGCCAACCUGCGCCUGCGCGGCUGCAUCCCGUGCAGCGUGGGCCGCAUGGCGGGCACGCUGGGCGAGCUGGUGGCGCUCAACUCGGGCCUCCGCUCCUGCCUCCGGCAGGAGCUGGGCUGGCUACGCGAGCUCACGCUGCUGGACCUCAGCUCCAACCAGCUGCAGGGGAUGCUGCCGGAGUCCAUGGCCGGCUUGCACAACCUGCAGCAGCUCCACGUGGCGCGCAACGAGCUGUGGGGCCACGUCCCCGAGGGCGUCUGCACGCUGCCCGCACUCCGCAACUUCACCUACUCGUACAAGUACUUCUGCUCCGAGCCAAGCCGCUGCCUCAACGUCCGUGAGGUCGACGACCGCCAGAACUGCAUCGCCGCUAGGUUCACGAGGCGAGUCGGCGGCGCUCUAGCAUCAGCCUCAACAGUCGUGCCGCCUACACCAGGUCCAUCUCGCCGGAAGCGGAGAAUACGGAUCUGUGGCGCCGGCAUGUGGUCUCAGCUCCUCCACUGAGCCGGGUGGCGAGACUGGGGAGGGAGAGGGGGUUGUUGAAGCUACUGAUGUGGACUACGGCAGUCAUCUCUGCCUGCGCCACUGUUCACGGACACAACACUCUAUUAGUCGAAUCCAAACGUAAAUUCGUGUCCGAUGCACUUAGGCACACGUGGCGAGAC